AUGAAGACAACCUACACCUCAGCCUCCACCUCUACAGAGGAGCCUCUGGAGAAAAUUACUGUGGGAUUUUCAGUCAUUACAGAUCUGAGAAACAUGAGCUCUGUUCCUUCUACCACGUUACAUGAUCCACAGUGGGCAAGCCCUGAACCUCUCACCACCAUGAUAUCAACUGUGGAGUCGACCCCACCAACAACUACAUGCUGUAAGAAAAAAAUGGUCUCAAGCUUUAAAUCCCCACAGAGGCUUUCAAGGGUGAAGCAGUGUUUUAUGUAAGAGGUAUCUACAGAGCAGCAGAGAAACAAUGUCAAAGAUGCUGAUGAUGGCUGAAGGACAGUAAACAUCUCCAGUCCUAGCCCUCAUCCAGUUCAUUUCAGUGUCUUUAAAGGAUUGUAUAUUAAUGAAUGCACCAUCUUCCUUCAGCUGGGACUUAAAUGAGAGGAUUAAAUAAGCAAGAAUAUUAUCUCAAAGUAAAUCAUUAACACACCUGUGUGCUGUCCCCACCCUUACCCUUCUUUCACUGCCCACCACCUUCCAGCUCCUCCAAGCAUCACCGGCCUAUGGUCAGCCAACGUCACUGGAGUCUCCUUCUCUGUGUCCUGGACCAGCCAGUCUCAGACUAACCAGACUUACCAAGUCAUAGUACAGAGGGGAUCAAAGGUCAUUCACUUUCUUGGAACCAGUGAGACGGUAAUGGAGGUGCAGAGACUCCAGCCUGGGGCGGUCUACCGCGUAACCGUAACACCCUGUGCCUGUGGAAGCCAAGGGGGAACUUCUUUUAUAUUGGUGAAAACUGGUAAGAACCACCAGGAACAUAACAUUAAACACAUUGUUCUGGUACUUUGUACCCUUUUUCCAGAUAAAUAAAAUACUGUCAUCCAGCUACAAUCCUUGCCCUGAACAUGUGUAUGGUCUGAUAUCGUAACAGGAGUCAAGGCUUUCCUCAUACUCAGGGAGUAAGUAAUCCAGGCAUCAGCAUUUGGCAUUUGGUAACCAAUGAUGUCUAAAUCUCACAAUAUGAUAUUGCUGCGAUAACAGUUUUACAAAAGGAUAAGAUAGGACUUGGAUAAAUCCCUUUUUUUAGUAUCUGGUGAAAUCCACCCCUCAGUGGUAAGUGAAAUUAGGCUCUGUCUAACUUUCACCUUUUGUCUCUGUGGAGCACAUUUGAGGAGGUCAUAUGGGUUGCAGCUUCAUUUGUCAGAUGUAUUGUAUUGUUGCUUUAACACUCAGAUUUCUCCCUGAACAGUUGUAUUAUUCAAGUGUUUUGCCAAAACGCACAUUUUAUUCCCUUAUUGUAACAUUUCAUACUCAUCAUAACAGCGUUUUCUUUUUUUAACCAGUAUUAACUUGAACACAUCAAAAUGUAACCAUUCGCGCUUUGUCCAUUUAGCUAGCUGGCUGUUUUUCUGCCUAUUUUAAUACAGAUGUAAACAUGUGAUUAUUAUUUUAAUGCCUGGAACUUGCUAUAAAGUUUGGGUGUGACUAUUUCACCUACUUUUGAGAGGAGGAGAAGCAGCCAAAGUUUGACAGACUUUUUCAACCCGGUGAUAGUCAAAGGUUUUAGGCAAACUGAAGACUUGUUGGCUGGAAAGGUAAUGUAAUUAGACACUUAAUAUAAACAGUUACCAGUGGCAGAAAAGUCAAAUAAUCCAUUUUUAUCAUGAGAUAACUAUAACUACUACAUAUGAAGAAUUUGGAAUUAUUAAAUUGUCCUGCGGGGAUCGAUAAAGUUCGUCUUAUCUUAUCUUCUUAUAUAAAGCAGACAUUUACCCGUAAGGAGCGGCCUUGAUUUGUGCUAUAAUUACCUUAUUUAUUGUAAGAUCCAAAAAACAACCAAAAACAGUAAUUUUCCAGUAAAAUAUAUUUAUUCAACCAUACUUUUAAUGAACUUGACAUGCUUCCACUGAAAUAUACACACCUCCUCUGAAAUAUGAAUUGUAAUUAAAGUAAUCCAAUUUGUUUAAUUUAAUCAGAAGUUUGUAUUCUGUUGCUCUGGGAUCCAAAGACUUAUCAAUAUCACUUGAUUUUGGCUAGAAUCAUAUCAAAAUUCUAAGUUUAGAUAUAGUGGCAAUACUGAGUGGCUUCCUGAUUUAUAUUUUUAUUUAUUUUUUAUUUUUUUUAUAGUUUAGAGUCAUCUUUUUGUCAGUCACUCCUCCAAACAUCACAGAUUUACUGUCAGCAUGUGUUCCAUUUGGGUUCCUAAAGUCCUCGGCUGCUUAUUUUUAAAUGGCCCUUGUGUGUCCCACCGAGCUUCCUUUCUUAUGCACUGAAACUCUGAAACCUUCUGCCUCUUGAUGUUGGAGCAGCAAGCUCUCCCAGUGUUCAUGAAAUGAUACCAAAGACCCAUAUUCUUAAUCUGGCUUUAACUUCAAACACUUGGGGUAAUGCGCCUUUUUAUAAAAAUGAUUCUGGAACAUAAGAAAACCAUGUGGACUGAAAAGCCUAAGUUAGCCUGAAUACCUUCUCGUGAUACUGAGACACACUCUUGUUACCUGCUUCCCGGGCUGCCAGUUCACUGUGAAAGUUGUGAUUAUUGUACCAAAUGAGCUUCUUUUUUAUUUGUCUCAGAUGCUCAGACUCUUGAUGCCACGGCACGGCUAACAAACAUCGAGUUCUCUGCUGAUCUGCUUGACACCAGCAGCCAGGCCUACAGAAACCUUACAGAAAGUUUAACAGAGGAGGUAUAUGUGCUACAGGGAUCACCAGAGUCAUAUUACACACUGUAAACCUCACUAUUACAAAGGCUUGACCGAUAAGACUGUGUCAUACAUUUAAUGAUUAUUAUUUUGAAUGUUUUUCUUUGUCAUCCAUAGCUAUACCAGUCUCUGCCUGCAGAGGUCAAGGCUAUGGUCAAUUCUGGCCAAGUGAUUAUCGAGAUCAGAGGUUUCUCCCCGGGGAGUGUGAUGGUGAACUUAACCCUCAUAUUCACCACCAGCCAGAAGCAGGACAUCAUGAAUGUGUCCACAGAUGUGAUGAACUCUCUGUUGAAGAGCGUAAAAUAUAAAGUGGAUAUAAACAACACAAGCAUCACUGGUUAGUCUCUUUCUCAAACUCUCUCACAUGUAUGAAUGUUUUCUUUUAUGAAACCAGGAACAGAGUAUAAAAGGAUCUUUAGAUUAUCUGACAAAUGAAUGGAAAUUCUCUGAAAAAAAUUCCUGAGUCUAGAAAAAGAAAUCUUGAUGACAUUUUUUGGGGUUUGCUGCAUUGCUCUCUCUCUUUUGUUCACUGAAGCAGCAGGUGAAAACUAAGACUUUGAAUAUAUCACAGCACCCUGUUAAAAGCUUUGGUACUUUUGAAUACCAAAUAAUGUAAAAAAAGAAACAACAACCUCAGUCCAUAAGCCAUGAGAGAUGGAUAUACAAACAACUUUUGGUACUUUUGAUCAGUGUUUCUGACAUUUCAUGACGUUUUAGGAGUGGUUAUGGAAAAGAGGCUCAGGACUGAUUCAAUCAAUGUGCUUUUUUUUAAUAGAUUUCGAUGAAUGUGCUUCAGGGGAAAAUGACUGUUCCCAAUGGGCUACAUGUACAAACACAUGGGCCUCCUACAAGUGUGCCUGCCCCAGUGGAUUCGAAGACAGGGACACAGAGAGGCCAGGAAGAGCAUGCCAAGGUACGGCCUCACAAUAUGGCGGUAGAUUGAUUAUACCUGCACUUUUGUCACUGAAAAUUGUGUUUUGUCUUGUACAGCAAUCCCUAAAAUGGCAUCGAUAACAACAUCUAUAACACCAGCAACCUCCUCCACUGCCAGUACCGCCCCUUUCUCCCCGACAACCCAAACCAGUGAACCAGCUAUGAUCAGUGCAACCACAACUCCAGAAACAGCCACUGUCGUUCCACCAACAAUUAAAGUAGUAACAUUAGGCACACUAGUUUUAACUGACCCAGACAUGUCAACAGUUGUUCCAAUAAUGAUACCUACACAAGCUAGCACUACCGCUAUUGCAACCACCACUACUGUACAUGCAACAGCUGCUGGGGUAGCAGAAGUGAGCAUUAAUCCCUCUACCACUUCUGCACCUAGAACAAGUAUGUUUGUCCCUACAAUGAACACUUUAGCUCCUGCAUCUACAAGCACCUCUUUACCUGCACCCACCACUCCUGUACAUGGACCCACCAGGCCUGCACCUGCACCCACCACUCUUGCAUCUACAACCACCUCUGCACCUACCACUCCUGCAUCUAUAACCACCUCUGCACAUACCACUCCUGCAUCUAUAACCACCUCUGCACAUACCACUCCUGCAUCUAUAACUACCUCUGCACCUACUACUCCUGCAUCAACAACCACCUCUGCACCUACCACUCCUGCAUCUAUAACCACCUCUGCACAUACCACUCCUGCAUCUACAACCACCUCUGCACCUACCACUCCUGCAUCUAUAACCACCUCUGCACAUACCACUCCUGCAUCUAUAACCACCUCUGCACCUACUACUCCUGCAUCAACAACCACCUCUGCACCUACCACUCCUGCAUCUAUAACCACCUCUGCACCUACUACUCCUGCAUCAACAACCACCUCUGCAUCUUCCACUCCUGCAUCUACAACCACCUCUGCACCUUCCACUCCUACAUCAGCAACCACCUCUGCAUCUGCAUCCACCACUCUAGAACCAACAACCACAACCCUUUAUACAACCACUACUUCAGCAUCAAUAACCACCAAUUUAACACCAGUAAAAACUUCCCUUGUAACAACAAUGCCUAUUCCAACACCAACAACCACCUCUGCAGCAGAUGUGCUGACCACUGUUGCAUUUACAACCACCAUCCCUGUACCAACCACUGCCUCUUCUGCAACUUCAACCUCGGCUCCUGCACUUAAAACCUCAGCUCCUACACCAACACCCAUUACUUCUGCUCUAGCUCCCACCACCCCUGCAUGGACUGCCACAAUUCCUGUUCUUCUAAACACCACUUCUGCCCUGAAAACCUCUGAAGUGGCCACAACCACCACACUAAAAUCAAACACUACUACUCUUAAUAAAAUAACCACUAGUGCCCCUACACCUGCACCUUCAACCACCAGUGAUGCACAAAUAAGAACAACAACCUCUUUAAUCACCCCAUUCCCAGUGACCAGAACCACAAAGUUUCUGAAAACAACUUCCACUAAACCUAAAACUUCUAAGGCUUCCCCUGUCAGAAAUGGCCCUCAAACUACUAUGUCUGUAUUACCACCUAUCCCCUCUUUCCCUACCACCACCCAUUCUACCAGCACUACAGCUCCUACAACCCACACUACAGUCCUGGGGACAGCCACCUAUAAAUCCAUGCUUGGGGCAAUUUCGGUUCAGUGCAGAGUUGCUGCCAUCACUGUGGCUGUUGCCAGGGAUUUCCUCCUGAGAGCCAACAUCGAUGAAGCUACUCUUUACUUAGGACAUCCAGAAUGUCGCUUCAGUGGUGGCAAUGACACCCAUGCAGAGCUGACUGUGGGUUGGAAUGAGUGUGUCACCCGGCUUGUGCAUGUGAGUUUUUCCUUGCAACUGGUAAACUUUUGCAUUCUCUACACACUCUGUUAUGCUUUGUUAACCAUAUACUUGUUGCUAUUUUGUGUCAAGAAAUAGUGCAAUUCCUCAGAGUACAACCAAAACUGCUCUAAAAAUUUGAUAUUGUAGAAUGAAACCUUCUACACGGCAUCUGUGACUCUGUUCAACUCCAUUGAUCCAGCGAUCGGAGAAGAAAAGAUGCCUAAAAUACGACUGGAGGUCCCCAUCAUGUGUACCUUCAUGAAGAGCAUGCUAAUCUCUGCUGACUUUGGCCCCAUGGGGUAAGAUUCAUUUGAUUUCCGGAUCUCUGAGUGCUUUGACAUUUUUAAGAUGACAAGGGAGAAGUUGGAGCAGUUGAGAUGUAAUCAAACAACACAUAGGCCUGUCAAGUGUUAAACUGUUUCAUUGAUCAUUUAUAUAAAAGCGUUUUUAGGAUAAAAACUACACUGCAGAUGAUACAGGUUGCAUUUUCGACACUGUCUCUGAAAUCCUUAUUUAUGAAAAGAUCCUGAGUAAUGCAUUGGGCAUCAAGCAUAAGGGUCAAACACGUGUGAGUAGUUAACCUGUGACUUGUAGAUUCCAUGAUCUUGAAUACUUGCUUGCACAAUUAAGCGAUCAAUUGGGCUUUUAUUCCGAAGAUUUUAACCUGUCACUUCUGCCUGCCAUCUGACCAUCCUAUAACUGUCUGCCAUAAAUGGGAAAUGAUGAAAUGAAUAUGAAAAAUCUUAAUUGAUACGCCUGUUUCCCACUUUGCCUCAGGAAACAGAAAAACAAGUUGGCCAUGUGACCUUGGUUUUUAAUAUUCGUAUCAAAAGACCAUGCGACUUUGUUUUUAGUUUGAUACUGUUUUUUUAGGGAUUAUCCGACGUAAAUUUAAGCCAUGGUCAGACACACCAAAACAAGGAGAGAAAUGAAUUCUGCUGACCGCUAGCUUUUCUAGUUAUACCAACUUCAGCAAAGACUGCACGAUAGCAAUACACAGUGGUCUACGUCUCCACACGCAAACCACGACCAAAAAGCCACUCUAUAGCCACAAAUAAUGCUCAGAACAGCACCUAAUUUCAUCAACAGUACAUAUAGGAUCCCAGCCAUAGUACUAGCCACCAAACAUCUUCUUAGCUUUGCCUGAUUUCUUUUGCAAAGAGACCAAACACAACUCACCCACUCUCCUCCAGCAGCUGCUUGUUUGUGGGGGAGCCCUGACGAGUUGAUCACUGAGUGCAGCAGAGUUUCACAGCUCAAGAAAGAACAUUUAUGAUUAUUACUUAAUGGAAAUGCGAUCAGACCAAGACGCUAAGGCAAAAGAACUACCGCGUCUGCAGUGCACGUACAAGAUACACAAGAACUCUGAUCUCUGAAUAACACAUGCAGUUGUGCAGCUCUAUAAUAGUCCUCUAAACCAAGUGGAGGCAGCCCCCUUUAUUCUUGGGAAGUUGUAAUGUUCAACCACUGUGUCCUUGUCAUUUAUUAUUUUAUUCUUCUCCAGGUAUGACAUGAUUAAAGAUGUUAUUGUGGGCUCAGGAUCGUUCCAGGUGACAGUGCAACUUAUGAACGGCACGAUACCUCUACCCCACAACUACAGUUUGUCGCCCAAGGAGGAUUUGGUGGUGGAGGUCAGCCUCAACACCUCCUCAGAGCAGAUUAAAGUAGUCAUCAACAAAUGCUGGGCCACACCUACCAAAAAUCCCCGGGACACCUACAGCCACACUUUCCUGGAGAAGAGGUUGGCCACUAACUUCAGCUUUACCACUUUUUAUGAUGAGGCUUGGGAACAAAUCAGUACUUUUGAACUCUUCUCUGUUUUGUCCAGUGCACGUUCAAGUAAUGUUUUCUGAAAAAGAGAUCCAAAGAUCCUGUCAUCUUUGAAACAUAUGAACAAGUCUGAAUAUUUGCCAUAAAAAAUGUCAAAACAGGCUGUUUGUCAGCAAGCUGUAAAUCAAUGGGUCCUGCAUCACCUACAGGCAAUGGAAGUUACUGCCCUCACAUAACCAUUGUCAAAUCCUAUCUAGGUCACUAAAUUCCCCUGAAAAUUGGGGAAUCCUAAUGUCUUCCCCCAACCCCCCUAAAACCACACAAGUGGAGCCUAGUGGAGCAAUGACACAUUUGAUAAAGGAACAGUCGGUGGGCAUGGCCUAAAUGGUGCAACUAGAAUUUCUAAAAAUCAGUGUGUUUUGUCUAUUAAGAUUUGCUUUGCCUGGCUUAUACGUCCUAAUUAGACCUCCAAAAGUGUCUGGGACCCACAUUCUUACUCAAACAGCAAAAAACUGGUCAUUUCCCCAUGGCUCCUACUAGGAUUAAAUGCCCCUGACGGAAUGACCUAAUCCAUCUUAUCUUUGGUUUACAGGCACAAGACACCUCAACAGUGACAAAUUCAAUUCAAGUUUCAUUCAAGUUAUUACAUUAUAAGCUGAUAUUAUAGUUAAGUUGUUACAUUAUGAACUUUUAUUACUUUCAAGUGAUUACAUUAUGAGCUGUUAUAACAUUAUGAGCUUUUAUUACGUUUAAGUUAUUACAUCAAAAUCUUAUAGUGCAUUAUAAUCUUUUAUUACAUGUAAGUUAUUACAUUAUGAGCUGUUAUUAUAUUGAAACUAUAACAUUACAAGCUGUUAUUACAUCAUGAACUUUGGUUAUAUUUAAGUCAUUACAUUCUGAGCUGUUGUUACAUUUAAGUUUUCUACACCAUGAGCUGUUAUUACAUUCUGAGCUUUUAUUACAUUUAAGUUAGUACAUCAUGAGCUGGUAUCACAUUUAAAUUGUUACAUUAUGAACUUUUAUUACAUUUAAGUUUAUACAAUAUGAGCUGUUAAGACAUUCUGAACCUUUAAUUCAUUUAUUUAAGUUGUUACAUUUAAGUCACCAUUACAUUUUGAAAUUUUAUCACAUUUAAGUAAUUAGAAUAUGAGUUGCUACAGAAGUCUGAACUGCUUCAAGUUUAACAUUUUCAUUUAGAAUCACUAUCUGACAUUCUAACAACCUGACAUGCAUCACAUCCUAGUGUGCAUAAAGGAGCUCAGUGCUGCCUGCAGCUUUAAUGUUUGAGAUUGUUUUGUUAUUUUUCAUUUGUCAGUUUUAAUACAUUCACAACCAAAUCAGAAGAAAGAGCUCAGUAUUCAGUUACUUGUUCUCUGUCUCCUCAGCUGCUCCCUGAAUACAUUUACCAAAGUGUUAGUCAAUGGGAACUCCAGCACAUCACGUGUUUCUGUGAAGAUUUUCUCCAUCGUCAACCUGAGCAUGAUCUAUCUGCACUGCCAGGUCCAGAUCUGUGUGCAGAUUGGAUCAGACACCUGUGUGCCUGUAAGUAUGAGCUGGAAAGUAAUGUAUUUGAGAACUCAGAUGAUUCUUGUACAGGUCUCAGUGUUAUUGCUAUCCUUUCCUGUCCUGGGAUCAGCUGUACAAAGUGUCUGUGAUCAUUUCACAUACUCUACAAUAAUAAUUAGCCUUAUUUUAAAACAGCAUAAAGUCAAUGCAAGCUUCCACACCGGCGGCGAUUUUUCCGCGAGGCGAAAAGCCGGUUUUAUUUUUUCGCUCCUGUGUCGAAUUUUUCGGAUAUUCGCAGGCGAAUAUCUGGACCUGCUAGACCUCUGGCCAAUCAAAAGUCAUGUUGUUGAUGACAUCACAGACCCAUACGGCUGGAGGAGAGGGAGAAGUUUGAGAUUAUGAAAACGCAGAGAAAGACAGCUGAGGUGCAUCCAAAACUCUUUCUAAUUACUAAUGAAGUAGUUUUGUCACAAGAUGACACUCUGUUGUCUUCCUUAGGAGACAGAUGUCAUGCACACUUCACAGGGUGACCGCCUCAUCAUGCCUGAUUCUCCCUCUUGGCUGUUUGACAUACCGAUGAUCUGCAGCUACAGGGCCAACAGAAUGACCAGACAACUUGAAGGAUCACUGCUCAGCCCUCGCCUCUCCUGGCUGCUGCGGCGUCUCUCACAGCUUUUCCUCCUCUUUCUCCCUCGCUCAUAAUGCUAGACAUGUCAAUCAGCAGCAGUUCACACGACACACACCACCUAUGACUCCCCCCAAGCAUGUUCAGACGCAAAUGUUUCUUUAACGGGUUUAAUGAAGUCUUCUCCUCUUCAUAAUCAUCCACAGACCUCCACAAACCGUGAAACUAGCAAUACACAGUAUUGGAAUAACAGUUAGCACACUUACUAUGCACAUGUACAAAUAUUCAUAACGAAAAUAAAGACAAACAAAUACCUCGGCUUGGCUGCAUACUAUGAAAGGGAAUCUGUAGGCUUCUUAUCUUCCAGCUUUGAAGUAUUAGUUUGACUUUACCGUAAGUUUUAGCAAUCUUAACAUAGCUUGACUUGACAGCUAAAGGGUCAGAGCUGUGCACACGACCUCUGCUUGCUUGCAUCUGACGUUACCCAGAACGCUACUGGCCUAGCAGCUCAACGUAAGUGCCAAAAUAAAAGUACCCUUACACUUCAAUAUAAAAUGCAAAUAAAAUACAGAAAUAACCUGGUAAUUCUCAAAGUGGGUUUCUCAUACAAAAUAAACAAAAAAUAUUCUGCAAUAUGGAAAAUAAAAUAGCAACAGUUACACUCCCACCAAAUCUCACCAAUCUUAAAUGUGGGAUUUCUCUACACUUAAAGACUGUUGCGAAUCACCUCUUAAACAUUGAAAGAACUUUACCACUCAACAAGGAAUGAUGAAAACAUUAAGCAUCAAUCUGCUUCAAUCAGUGUGACAAGCUUGUGUAUAGGCCUAUCAAGAUACACUGUUUUGGUUGUGGGUUUACCCUUUGCAUCAAAUGUGGUGUCACUAACUAGCAACCUGACCUUUCUCACUCUAUCAUCUGACCCUGGAUAGACUUCUGCUAUUCUGGCCAACUUCCAUUCGUUCCGUGGCGCCUGAUCAUCCUGCAGAAGCACAAUGUCAUUUGCCUUCAGGUUUCUUCUGUUCUUCUGCCACUUUUGUCUUGGCUGCAAACUCAGCAGAUACUCUUUUUUCCAGCGAAUCCAAAAUUCAUUGGCCAAGUACUGAACUCUGCGCCACCGCUUUUGAAGAUACAGGUCUUCCUUGACAAACUGUCCAGGCGGAGGAAGGAUUAUGGUGGACUUCAUCGUGAGAAUGUGGUUCGGAGUCAAUGGUUCAGGUGCGGAUGGAUCAUUCAAAUGUUCAGCGGUAAGUGGUCGGCUAUUGACGAUUGCCAUCACCUCGUAUAGGAAAGUUCUCAGAGAUGAGCUGUCCAAUCUUUGCGCUGACUUGUCGAGAAUGGCUGUCAGAACACUCCUGAUGGUCCUGAUUUGCCUCUCCCAGACGCCGCCCAUAUGACUUGCUGCUGGGGGAUUCAUUAGAAAUUCACAUCCUAGAGCCUUGACUCUCUCUCCGUCCAUUCCUUUCAUGAGCUCUGCGAACUCCCUUCUUGCGCCAACGAAGUUGGUUCCUUGAUCACUUCGAAGCUGACGAACAUUUCCUCUUAUAGCAAUGAACACUCUUAGCGCAUUGAUGAACGCGUCCGUGGUCAUGUCGUCAAGCAUUUCCACAUGUAUGGCUCUUGAACAUAGACAGGUAAGUAAAAGUCCAUAUCUUUUAACCUCUUUUCUUCCUUCUUUGACAUAGAUGGGUCCGAAACAGUCUAUGCCUGUGUAGGUGAACGGAGAGGAGUUGUUUCCAUUCGAUCUUGAGGUAAGUCACCCAUUCUUUGUUCUUCGGUGUAUCUCCUGUACUUUCGACAUUUGACACAUUUGAAGAUGUGUGACGAUACUGCGCUGCUACUUCCCAGGAUCCACCAUCCGUUAGCUCGCAGUUCGUUCAACGUCAUUCCACGUCCCUGAUGAUGAACUCUCUCAUGGAAGUGCUUGAUCAGUAGAGCUGAUAUAUGACAGUUCUUCGGAAGUAUAGCUGGAUGCUUGAUGUGUGGAUGCAACGCAGCUUUACUUAAGCGUCCUCCGACUCUCAAGACUCCUUCUUCAUCCAAAACUGGACUUAACUUGUUCAGCUUGCUGUACUUGGUCUUAGCUAUAACUCCCUUUGCUUUUAAGCUCUUCAACUCAUCUAGGAACGCUUCCUCUUGAACUAGCUUAAUGAUCACAGUUUCUGCUUCUUUCCUUUCUUCUAGACUUGUACUCUCAUUGGUUGGUCGUUUCUCACCUUUGUGUUCCUUGACACGUCGUUUCAAUCUGGCAACUGCUUGAACUACCCUUAACCAAACAGAGAACUUCUCAAGACGGUCGAGCAACGAUCUGUCCUUUGCCUUCGUGUUAAACACAACAGCCUUACGGAGCUCAGGAUCAUCUUCCUUAACUUCUCCCACCUUGCAUUCUCGGACAGGUAAUUCUUUUUGCCAAAGAAACUUCGGUCCAGAAAACCAAUUGGAUGUCUCUAGUUGCUCUGCAGUCAACCCUCGAGAGGCAUGAUCUGCCGGAUUGUCCUCAGAUGCAACAUAGGCCCAUUGUUCAGGCUUUGUGCUUGACUUGAUUCUUUGUAUGCGAUUGGCUACGAACACUUGAAAUCUUCUGGCGUCAUUGUUUAUGUAGCCUAGAACGACUGUUGAAUCCGUCCAGAAGUAUUCCUUCAGGUCUUGGAUUUCCAGUUCGUUUCGGAGCAUAUCGCUGGCUCUAACUGCAACUACUGCCGCAGACAGUUCCAGUCUUGGUAUCGUCAACACUUUGGUUGGUGAAACUCUUGACUUUCCCAUCACUAAACUGCAAUGGACUUCAUUGGAUUCAUUGACAACGCGCAGGUAAGUACAAACACCAUACCCUGAGGUACUUGCAUCACAGAAGUGGUGAAGUUCAUAGCCUUUGAUGUGGCCGAACCCUGAAGGUAGGUAACAUCUUCUAACUUCCAUUUCAGAUAGAUUAGGUAGGUCUCUAAUCCAAGACUCCCACUGAGGUCUUAAGCUCUCUGGAAGCUCAUCGUCCCAGCCGAUCUUAUCUCUGCACAUCUGCUGGAGAAUUUGCUUUCCAUGGAGAACGAACGGUGCCAUGAAUCCUAGCGGAUCAUAGACUGAGGCUACGGUAGAGAGUACACCUCUUCUUGUCGAUGGAUUGGACUUGACUUGAACUCUGAAUCUGAAUGAGUCAGACGAGACGCACCACUACUCCAAGCGCUCUCUCCAUGUGAGGUAAACUCAAAGCCAUGUCUUGAUCUUUGCUUGUGGCACGUUCCUCUUCUGGAAUGGAUGCCAUGACAUUCUCAUUGUUGGAAACAAACUUGUGAAGUCUUAACUUGCCGGUAGAACAAAGUUCUCUUGACUCUUUGACGAGCUGAAUGGCUUCCUUCUCAGUAGGAACACUCAGGAGCCCAUCAUCUACGUAGAAAUUCCUCUGUAUGAAGCGCACAGUGUCUUUGCCAAACUGACCUUGCCCUUGAGCUGCCAGGUGUUUUAGGCCAAAGUUGGCGCAGCCAGGGGACGAAGCCGCUCCAAACAAGUGGACUUUCAUUCUGUAGGUGGAUGGCGUGUCUUCCAAGUUACCAUUCUCCCACCAUAAGAACCGUAAGUAAUCUUGGUCUUCAGUUUUCACAUGAAACUGGUGAAACAUUCUUUCGAUGUCGCACAUCACUGCAACUGAGCCCUUUCGAAAUCUGCACAGGACACCCACCAGGGUAUUCGUCAGGUCAGGUCCAGUGAGCAGAUGGUCAUUGAGAGAUGUUUCCUGAAACUUGGCCGAACAGUCAAAUACCACACGUAUUUUCCCCGGUUUCUGCGGAUGAUAUACUCCAUGGUGUGGAAUAUACCAUGCCGGGCUGUUCUCAAUUUCUUCCUUGGGGACCUUCUCGGCGUCACCGCGGGAAAUUAUGUCGCUCAUGAAGUUCACAUAGUCUUUGUAGUAAGUUUUAUUCUUCUUUAGCUUCCUUUCAAGACAGUUUAAACGAUGCACUGCACAUAUUCUGUUGUUAGGCAACACUGGUCUAUCCUCUUUAAACGGCAAUGGCAUCUCAAAGUGACCAUUGUCUUUCUGAGUUAUGUUUUCUCUCAUCUUGGACAGGAACUUGAGAUCAUCUUGAGACACAGGAUCCUCUUCUCUAGCUCUUUCUGAGAAGUCUAAUUCAAGAAUCUUCAAGAUGUCUGAAGAAGUCACUUCCUUGACUUUGGAUCUGUUCACAUAAUGAACCUCUGUUUUCAGAUUGACAGUAGAGUCAACUCUUGGCGUCACUUGCCUGACUACUAUGCGAUGACUGAUUCCGAUAGCGUCUCCAUAUGCUAAACAGGGAUUGCCAUGGCCGACAAUACUCCAUCCCAGGUCAGUACGUUGUGCAUAAGGCUGAUUCUCUUGGCCCGACACGAUUUCUCUUGGGAGAAGGGCUUGCGAGCAGUUGUAGCCGAUGAGCAGGCCUACCUCACAAUCCUGCAGAGGUGCUACAUCAUCUUGGAGGUGCUCUAAGUGAGACCAAGCCUUUGCAGUUUCGCCCGUUGGUAUGUGAGUUUUGUUGACUGGAAUAAAGUCACGCGUGUAGAUUGGUGGUAAGCUGAUUCUUUUGCUUGAAUAAAAGCCUCGAACUUGUAGGUUCUUCACUCGUUGUGACUUUACAACUGUAGUUCUUGAAGUCAUAGUAGAGAGCUUCAACUUGACUUCCUCUUUGUCCGCCUCCAGAGCGUCAGCUACUUCACUUAGCACAAAAGUAGUGUCACUUUGGGAAUCUAAGAGUGCAUAGACAAGCACCUCUUGUGCUGACUGAGUGGAAGACGAAAGCCAGACAGGAAUUAUUGCCGCUGUCUGCACAGUAGCUUCAUCCUGAAUAACUCUCAGAGUAGUAGAAGCUGUGGCUGUUUCUUUAGGUUGCACUGCUUGAGGCUUUGCUUUGUUCUUUUCGUUUUGAUUACUUGAUUUCUCUGAAGCUUGGCCUUGUUUAACUUGCGAUGCCUUUUGCUCUUCUUUGUCUCUCUCUUCAUGCAGGCAGGUAGGAUGCUUCUUUUUGCAUGUGUCACAAACACUCCUACUGUUGCAGCUCUUUGAGACAUGACCUGGCUUAAGGCACCCAAAGCAUAGCUUUUCAGCCUGAACAAACUUGACUCUGUCAGGCACUUCCUUUUCUGCAAACUUUCUGCAUACAUGUAAAGUAUGGCCGUUCUUUUUACAAAAGAGGCAUGUUUUAGCAGUCUCUUCAUUAGAACUGGUGGUCAGUGUCUUAGCUUUAACAUUUUGUUGUUUUUGCUGCUUCGGCUUUUCAGUUUCACCUUGCUUCAGUGAUUGCAACGAUGUAACUGGGUUACAAGCAAUUUUCACUUCUCUGGUCAGAAAUCUCACAAACUGACUGAAGGAAGGGAACUGGCCACUCUGUUCUUCCAUUUCCAUGACUUUCCGGUUCCAUCUUGCGGUUAGCCAAUCUGGAAGCUUUGCGAGAAGCUGUCUGUUCUCAUUACAGUCAUUCAAAAUCUCCAGUGCCUUGAUAUGGACCAUAGCUGCUUCGCAGCUACGCAGAAAAUCAACAAACUCUUGAAGUCCAGAGCUAUCUUUAGGUCCAAUCUUGGCCCAUGUUUGAAGUUUGUCUCUAUAUGCCUUCGCAACGGUGAAUGGGUUUCCAUACCUCUCUUCCAAAAUCUCCCAUGCUGCAGCAUAAGCAGACUCUGUUCCAAGAAGGAAAUAGCCAUCCACUGCAUUCUUAGCUUGACCGCUAACAUAUUUACGGAGAUAAUAUAUCUUCUCUCUGUCUUGAAUAUUCUUCUGGUCAAUCAAAGUUUGAAACGACAGUUUCCAAUCACUGUACUUCAACGGAUCCCCGCUGAAUAUUGAAGGUUCAGGAACUGGAAUUCUGUUGGCACUUAGAGCAUCAGCGAGUACCUUAAUGAGCUCUGCUGUGCUUUGAUUCGAGGAGGUGAUCACAGGUUGUGGGGCAGAAGGUGCAGACAGAGGCAGACGGCUUGAAGGACAUGGCGGCUUGAUGUCUGCUACCAUCUCAUGGCUUAGAAUGUCUUUCGGUUCUUCUUUAAUGUCCAACCCCUGAUUAUACACCUGCAUUCUUGCCUGUGCUGCACUAAGCUCCUUCACCGUUUCCAAAUUCUUUAUUUUUCUUCUUUUUUCCUCUAAAGUCAUCUGUAGAGCUGUGUGUUCUUCCUCUAGUUGAGCUUUAAUCUUUGCUUCCUCUUCUUCUCUCUCUAAGCGACGCCUUAUAACCGCUGCCUCUUCAGCCGCUAUCUUCCUCUUAGCUUCCGCUUCUAGACGCUGUAGUUCCGACUGCUCUCUUUCUUGUUCUUGUAACACUUUCAGAACAGCUUGGCUUGCUGCAGCGUCCGCAGCAGCUUCUUGAUGCUUGAUGGAAGAUGUUCUUGUUUGCUCUGAGGCAUUCUUCAGAAUAGAGGUAACUGAACCAAAUUCACUCUUGCUUGCGUCCCAAAGAGAGCCUGCUUCUGGCCAUUCUGGGUCUCCUUCUGGAACUUUUCCAUCCAGGUGGCUAGAGGCUAUAGCAACGAUGAAGCCUGAAACCUCAACACACAGGUCUACUCUUCGCCGCACAUCUUGGUCUGGAGUUGAGACUUGCCGCAAUUCUUCAUAAACAUGCUGAACGUCUGCGGAAAGGCCUCUAACAUCUCCAAGGAUAUCAUUAAGCAUGCCUUCUGAUAAAGACUCAGAUGACUGAGAUAAUGACUGCUUGCAGAAUUUAACAUGUGUUCUCCAUUUUCUGUAGAUGUAGUAAAAUCUACGCAGAAGUGCUUUAAUUUUCUCGUCUUGCAUUGCUUUACCCUUCUCUGUUAGAGUACGGGUUCGCUCACCACGUCUGAGCUGCUGUGCUUCGUCCAGCUGAGGCUCAGCAUCACCGACUUCAUCUUCUGGAGGGCCUUGUAGAUUUUCACUUUCCCUAACACUAUCUCUUACCUGAGUAGUGGACUCACUUAACUCUGCCAUAAUUGAAUGUUAAACUUAAACUGGCAAGAAAUGUCUAUUUCAAUAAUGAAAAAUGUAAAUAAAGUCUGUAUUCACUAAAACUCUUGUGUUGCGUGUAAAUGUCUCUUAAAUGUCCUUGUGUUUAAAUGUCACACACUAUACUUGGCAAUGUACUCAAACCAAAAUUACAAUAUGCUGUACUUAUCACAAGCAAUAUGCUUAAGUAGCUCAAAAAUGUACUUACAAACUGAAAAAGUUGUUUAAAUAAACCUUAGUUCUCUUAGAACCGUUCAGAAAAUUCAAAUAUCAAAAUUGCAAAUAGCUUUCACUUUACAUUACCAAAAUACACUUUAAAUUGUGAAAAUGAAAUAAUUCACCUUUAACUUCCAAGCAUUUAAAUUAUAUCCUUUAGCUUUAAACCUUAAACUUACAUGCACUUAAUACCAAGCUUAAAUUCAAAGUUGACUGGAUAAAUGCAUAGCCAUUAACACAUUAGUUCAAAUCAGACAUCCUUUCCAUGAACCUUUAAACCAACUCUUAUUAGUUAGCCGACUCUUAUUGUCCACGUGCUUAAUGACUGUCAACUACGUGUUAAAUAUGCACUCAUCUGCCGGUCCUUUGACGACUGUAGCCACGAAGUUGCGAUUAGCUCGUCGUUGGGCUUGCUUCUCACUGGCGUCGGUGAGCACGCCGACCUUCACUCGCAUCGUCGAGCAGUCCGAGUUUCACUAUGACUCCCCCCAAGCAUGUUCAGACGCAAAUGUUUCUUUAACGGGUUUAAUGAAGUCUUCUCCUCUUCAUAAUCAUCCACAGACCUCCACAAACCGUGAAACUAGCAAUACACAGUAUUGGAAUAACAGUUAGCACACUUACUAUGCACAUGUACAAAUAUUCAUAACGAAAAUAAAGACAAACAAAUACCUCGUUGGCUGCAUACUAUGGAAGGGAAUCUGUAGGCUUCUUAUCUUCCAGCUUUGAAGUAUUAGUUUGACUUUACCGUAAGUUUUAGCAAUCUUAACAUAGCUUGACUUGACAGCUAAAGGGUCAGAGCUGUGCACACGACCUCUGCUUGCUUGCAUCUGACGUUACCCAGAACGCUACUGGCCUAGCAGCUCAACGUAAGUGCCAAAAUAAAAGUACCCUUACACUUCAAUAUAAAAUGCAAAUAAAAUACAGAAAUAACCUGGUAAUUCUCAAAGUGGGUUUCUCAUACAAAAUAAACAAAAAAUAUUCUGCAAUAUGGAAAAUAAAAUAGCAACAGUUACACCACCACUGCCACCAAGAGCAACGAUGGGAGAGAGGCUGGUAAUUGCGGUACAGGACCACCCCGCAUCUCCUCUCCUCCAUGCCGCAAAGCGACUUUAUUAAUUCGCUUUGCAAAAAAUAUACGCAUAUUCGCUUCGAGCCCGGUGUGUAUAGGCGAAAGCGAUUUUUCGGACCAGCGAAUAUUCGCAAUUUUCGUCUCGCUUUUUCGCUUCGCUCCGCAAAUUCGCCGGUGUGUAAGGACCUUGACUCUUUGAUUCUGGUGCUGCUGUAACUGUUUCUUACCUCUGUGUUUUUGGCUGUUUUGCUGCGUAAAUAAACUGGCUCAAACCUUCCUCAAAGCUUAAAGCAGUUGGAUCUCAGAUGAACAGUUCCCCCCUCCAUCUGAGAUCCUCAGGGUGAUGUUCAAAAGUUAAUUUCCAUCCUCAUCUUUUUUUCUUUCUUCUUUUUUGUUUUUGUUUUGUUUUCUGUUAGGACUGUCUCCAGAGAACCGCUCAGUCAUUAAACACAAUAGGAACAGCGUUUGGCUCUUCUGGACCUGUACUAAGGUCUGAUGAAGGUGAGUACACAAAAUAACACUAUCUAAUACAAAACUUUAGACUUCCCUGGGGUGUGCACGUCUUUUAAGAUAUAAGAUCCUUGAUUCCAAAAAUUACAGCAGCAUAGAUACAAAUACAAAAGAGAAAUUAAAGGAUAAAGAAAGCUAUUUACAAGAAUAUACAUAUAAUUGUGAUUUAUUGCACACUGAGGUUUCUGUUGUGGAGUCUGACAGCUGCAGGAAAAAAUGACCUGAAAUACCUCUCUGUCACACACUUCGGGUGGAGCAUCCUGUCCCUUAACAAGCUCCUUAGUGCAGUGAGUGUGUGUUGGAGGGGGUGAGAGUCUCUGUCCUGCAUGGAGGACAGCUUGGCUGUGAUCCUCCUCUCCCCAACCUUCUCCACAAUAGUAUUUAUUAGCGCUUUUGUGAUGUGACAUGAGCUAUGAAGUUUAUUUUAACACAUGUUAAUUGCUUCUGGCAAAGCAAUAAGAUAAUGUUAAGAGUUGUUCUACCUAAUCAAUUUUUUGGGGGGUGCCGCCACAAGCAGGCCUAUCCCAUGUAGCAAAAAACUAAUACAACUAAACUAAAACAAAUCAUUUUUUGAAAAUAAAAACUAAAACCCCAGCCUUAAAAUAAUGAUUUAAAACUAAACUGGAAUCAAAAACAAAAAGUUGAAAAGAAAACAAAAACCUUUUGAACAUUGUCUGGGAUGCUUCUGCUGUGGUGCUGAGUUGGUAGUGCUGCAGAGAAUGAGCAGCAUUUGCAGAGAAGCUUGUUUAUUUUGUUUCCCUCCAGCAGAGUCCAUGCCCUCACUGGGUUACCCAAUCCUAACCAAGCUGCCUACUCCUCUGUGCAUAAAUGAACAUAUUUAUGUAAUUAUUUCAGUGACUCUAAGGCAUAACCCCAGCCCUAAUUAUGGUGUACUGGGUGAUACAAAGGUCAGUGUAAAUGUAGUGAUUUCGUACUGUUUCUUCCUGACUGCUUUGUUGCAGGGUCUGUGGAGGAGGAGUUUAACACCUUUUACGUAGUUGGACUCGCCUGUCUUGGGAUCGGUGUCUCUCUAUUUUUCAUCAUCGGUUUCAUCUGCCUCUUUUAUUACCAGAGGAACCGAAUUGGACAUUACAAUUUCAGUGUCAAACCCAAACAGGAGAACUUCACCUACCUGGUCUUCAACACCUAG